UCUAAUUUCGCAACAGCAGCCAGAUCGAGAGCCAUUUCUUAAAAGCCAUAAGCGGAGAUCUGCUCAGUCAGCCCAGCUUCACCAAUAAACUCGCGAACUUGCUGAUACGUUGGCGACUUGUUCAGAGACAAGUCUAGCGUCAACCAUGUUAUGUUCAGAACAAAGCCCAUUAUCGAUUAGCGAAACUGUCGUCUUACAAAAAAGAAGAUAAUGACGACAAAGCUCGCAGCAACUCUCUAUCGCAUUGGGUUAAGUGACCGAAAUGCUAUGCACGUGAUCUCCGCGGUGUUGGAAAUUGCGGGAUUAAAUUUGAACGAUUAUGUUUUGAGUCGAGAAAGCAUCCGAGUUUCAAGGCAGACGGCUCGUAAAUCACACGCAGCUGAGUUGAAGUCAAACUUUGAAACUACUGGCAUCAUUGUGGGGCAUUGGGAUGGAAAAAUUUUGGAGGAUAUCGUUGGAAUGGAAUAUGUCGAUCGUUUACCGGUGAUGGUAUCCACCAAAGAAAUUAUUCAGCUAUUGGGCGUUCCGAAAUUUGUGAGUGGAACGAGGGAAAACCAGGCGAACGCGGCAUUUCAACAGUUGCAGGAGUGGGGAUUGGCCGAAAGGGUAUGCGCUAUGGGUUUUGACACAACUGCCACUAAUACUGGUAUGAACAAAGGUGCGUGUAUCAGGCUUGAGCGGAUGCUUGGUAGAGAACUUCUCUGGCUUGCCUGCAGGCAUCAUGUUCUAGAACUACUCGUGAGUGCAGCAUGGGAUACGCUUCUUGCCGCAUCAUCCAGCCCGAAUGUUACAACAUUUACAAAAUUUCAAAACGCUUGGACUAAUUUGGAUCACACUUUCAAAAGCCAAAUGGUCGAUAAAAGGCUAAUAGCGCAGCUUGGAAGCGAAAAGCAGGAAUUGAUUUCAAUGAUCGAACAACAUCUCAAUCAAAACCACCAUUAUGGCAUGAUUAUGGCGAAUUACUAGAUUUGGCCAUGAUGUUCCUAGGUGCUGGUAAUGGUCAUUUUAGACAGCCAGGUGCACACAGCAGGGCGCGUUGGAUGGCGAAGGCAAUUUAUUGUCUUAAGAUUUGGUUUUUCCGAAACAGUUUCAAGCUGAGCAAAGAGGAAGAAAAUGGAAUAUCUGUUAUGUGUCUAUUUAUUAUAAGAGUAUAUAUAAGGGCCUGGUUUUCCGCUCCAUCAGCUAUCGAAGCUGCCUGCAACGAUCUUAAUCUUAUAAAAAAAUUGUUACGGUAUAGUGAUGAAAAAAAUCAGGCACUACUUAUCUAGCUGCUGCCCGUAAGCUACAUUCGCAUUUGUGGUAUCUGGGAGAUCACAACAUGGGGUUGGCCCCGUACGACCCGAACGUGUCAUUUGACGCAAAAAAGCGAAUGGUGGCGGCAAUUCGGAACAAAGAUCCAAGUGAUAACUCCCGUAUUCGUAAUCAGCAUUUUGAUUUGCAGUCGUUCAGAAA